CAGACUAGAGGAAAAGCUACCGAUCCAUGGCAGCUAAGAAAAAUAGGGGAAUACGAUACAGCGAUAGUCUCAGCAACGAACGGUGGAUACACAGACGAAACAAAUUAAAAGCAUCAUGGGAACCUCAUUUCUUUGAUUAUCUGGGAGUUCCAACUUCCUAGUCCCAUUGUGUGGCUUCCGUUACUUAAAUCUCCAUUUCUUUAUCUAUAACAAGUCUACAUGGAGGAGCACAACCUCAUCCAACCCUUAAUCGCCACCACCACCACCAAUACCAAUGCAACCGCCGCGGCCUCUACCACCGAUGACGACAUCACAGCAUCAAUCUCAUCAAUCAUAAACCGUAUGGUUUUUCUCUUCUUCAUUGCAAUCGUAUCCAUAUGGGCCAAUUAUGAAGCCUCCAAAGGAUUUGAAGUAACCAUCAUUAACGACGCUGGGCAAUCUCCGGCGGGUCGUCGAUUUGCACUCUUCUUCGUCUCCGACGACAAGGCAACCAGAAUAGUCCUAAACACCAGCUAUUUCGCCGAAAAACUUCUCUACCCAGAUGCCACCCACCUCAAGAACAAGAAGCAAGUUAACCGUGUCACCUUGAGACUCGCCGGCCGGAAUCUGUCUCAGGCGGUGGUAGUCAACAUGACCAAUAACCAUGAGUUUGUUCUUCACAUUAACCCAUCGGUGAUGGAAGAAACCAAUGUAGACAAGGCUAUGGUAUCGGCAAUUCAACGAGGGAUGGCUCGUGUCUGGGUUUGGGAUGGAGAGAUGAGUGCACCCACGUCCCUUCUUGAUGGUAUGGUUGAGUACGUCGGAAUCUCUGCUGGGUUCGCUGCAACUUCGAAUUAUUCCGGUGAUUUCGCGCCGGAAUUAUCUGACGGCAAUAGUUGCUGGGAAGAUAGGGACCGUUUGGCCGUCGCAAAUUUCUUGGAUUAUUGUGAACGGGUCAGGCAUGGGUUCAUCGUCCGGUUGAACCAACACAUGCGUGAAGGUUGGCACGUGCGAACGAUGGAUGAUGCAUUGGGUCUGCCAGCUCAGCAGUUGUGUUCAUCCUAUUAUUAUUCGACAAUUCAGAUACCACACACAAUGGGACCCACACAUUUUACAGAGUCAGGGUUAGGGAGCUGUGUGUCCACAUGGGAUUGAUAUCUAUAUCCUUUUCAAUAAUUAGGGGGUGGGCCCAACACCAAACGUGGAUGGAUGCAAUUAACACAUGCGUUUGAUUAAUGAGGGAGUUUACUUGUAGUAAACGAUUCAUAUUUAUUUAACCUAUUCAUUAAUCUUGUUUUACAAGUUUUAAGAUUAAAUCAUAUUGGAAUCCAAUGAUCAGAUCACAUGGAAAUAUCAAAAAAAUGAAGUUUUAUUUCGUUUGAAA